AUGGCUGCAGGAAAUUAUACCACAUUGUCUGAGUUUAUUCUUGCUGGGCUAACAUAUAAACCAGAACUCCAGCUGCCUCUGUUUCUUGUCUUCCUGGGAAUCUAUACGGUCACAGUGGUGGGGAACUUGGGCAUGGUCAUAUUGAUUGGACUCAGUUCUAACCUGCACACCCCUAUGUACUACUUCCUCAGCAGUUUAUCCUUCAUUGAUCUCUGCCAUUCCACUGUCAUCACCCCUAAAAUGCUGGUGAACUUUGUGACAGAGAAGAACAUCAUCUCCUACCCUGAAUGCAUGACUCAGCUCUACUUCUUCCUUAUUUUUGUUAUAUCAGAAUGUCACAUGUUAGCUGUCAUGGCAUAUGAUUGCUUUGUUGCCAUUUGCAACCCAUUGCUUUAUAAUGUCACCAUGUCUUAUCAGGUCUACUCCUGGUUGAUAGUCAUGGUUUAUAUGAUGGGUUUUAUUGGUGCCACAGCUCAUACAGUUUGUAUGCUAAGAGUGGUUAUUAGCAAGGUUAAAAUAAUCAAUCAUUAUUUCUGUGAUCUUUUUCCACUACUGGAGCUCUCCUGCUCCAGUACAUAUAUCAAUGAAGUGACAGUUUUAUGCUUCAGUGCAUUUAAUAUUGUUGUGCCAGCUCUCACCAUCCUUGGCUCCUAUGUCUUCAUAAUUGUCAGUAUCUUGAAAAUCCGCUCAGUUGAGGGCAGGUCUAAAGCCUUCAGUACAUGCAGCUCCCACAUCACGGCCGUUUCUAUUUUCUUUGGUUCUGCAGCAUUCAUGUACCUGCAGCUAUCAUCAGUCAGUUCCACAGAUCAGGGUAAAGUGUCUUCUGUGUUUUACACCAUUAUUGUUCCAAUGCUUAACCCUCUGAUCUAUAGCUUGAGGAAUAAGGAUGUCAAAGUUGCUCUAAAUAAAAUCCUUGGGGAAAAAACCCAAACUCCUUUGUUUUAG